CCAAAAGUCGUGAGCCUCUUUUAAGUCCGAAGAGAGAAAGAAGGAGAAAGUCCGGCUCCGACGUCGGGAUGGCGCCGCCCAAGCGUGGGAAAGCGAAGGGGGGCUCCGCCGCCGCCCCUCCCACCGCCGCAUCGGCGGAGUCCAAGGUCCCAGGCUGCCUCCGCCUCCUUCCUCCGUCAACUGUUGCCAUUACCAUCCACGCCAAGCCGGGCUCCAAGAUGUGGGCGACGAGUCUGUCGGCGUUCAAAUCGAUGCCCCGGCGAGGGACGGCGAGGCCAACGCCGCGCUGCUUGAGUACAUCGGCUCGAUUGAAGAAACAUAUAUACUCUUCUGAAAGGCUGGGAAAACUAUCUACCAUGCAGCUUUUAGGAGUGAAAAAACGGCAAGUAUCUAUUGGAUCUGGUUCAAAAUCCAGAGACAAGGUCGUUCUCGUGCAAGAUGCAACUCUGCAAAGUGUUUUUGAAGCCCUUAACAAGGCAUGCAAAUGUGAGUAGGUAAGGAGCACCAGAGCUCACUGUGGAAAACUUGGAAGUUGUCCACGAGUUGUUUGUUUUCUCGAGUUUCAUGAGACUUAAUAUAAAUUAAAGUUUGUUUACUACAUUGUUCCCUUUGAUCUAGUUUUAUGAGUAGUUUAUUGCUUGGGGGCGAUAAACAGAUACUGUUCCACAACUUUUUUUCGUUUACAAGUUCUAACAAAGUUUCUUGGGGGCGAGUA